AUGCGGCUGCCAGCUUUGUCUCCUAUAUGUUUUAAUUUGUUUAGAUAUCUCACUGGAAAUCCUUGUACAGAUUUUGAUGGAUACCGCGAGUAUGUUAUUGGAACUUUACCACAAAUUGACGUACUUGACGGAAUUGAUGUGACUUCAUUUGAUAAAUUAGUCGCCAAACAGCAGUUAUCAAAUGUUGCACGUAAAAUUAUUGCCCAACAAAAAACCUAUGAAAAUUUCAGAACAGAACAAAAAAAGACAUCAAAAUCUAGAAACAUUACGGAGGAUACUUUGGAAACGUACGAAAAAAAUUAUGAAGAAACAGACGAAGAUUUUUGGAAUCAACCUAGUGAAAACACUUCGGAGUGUCGCGUUGAGAUGGCGUUUCACAGCAGACGAGCUCAGCGAAAGCAAGAUGAAGAGAAAAAAACACCCAAACAAGAAACGUGGACUCCUAAACUGUUCGCCGAAGACGGUCGUCCGUAUAAUUUAAAUCAAGCUAAAGUGCCGUACAAAUUGGAGAAUGAAGACAACAGAUACGUGCUCACUGUUCAUGUUUAUAAGUUCAUGGACACUAGCGAAUUGGACUUGGACGUUCAACCAACGUACGUGAGGGUCACUGUACGAAAAAAGAUAUUGCAAUUGGCGUUGGACGAAGAAGUAAGAGUGGACGAAUCCAAUGCGAAACGGUUGAUUGGUUCAAAACUAUUGGAAAUAACUAUGCCUAAAGUUAAACAAAUAAUCUGUCCGGUUAAAACACAAAGCGCCAAGGACAAUGAUUUUCGCAAUGAAAAUAAAUCUAAAUUAACAGAUGAAGUAUUUGAUAGCCAAAAGCCAGUGGAAUUUUGGAAUAUAACCAAUUCAUCAACAAGCGUGAAGAAAGUGGGAAACGAAAAACUUAAAGGUUUCGUAGACAAUUCAGAAGUACCGCCUUUAGAAUAA